AUGAACUCGCCAACGAGCUUGAAGGUGCGGUUACCGGUGUUGGUGUUGGUGUUGGAGGUGGUGAUGGUAGCUCUCUAUGCCAUCUUUGUCACCUACGAUGACAACUCAAAUGCAAAGCUGCAGAACAACGAGACCGACCCAAUGCAGAACUCCCUGUACCGUGACUACCCAUACUUCGCCGAUGUGCAGGUGAUGAUCUUCAUCGGCUUUGGUUGUCUCCUGGCCUUCUUCCGCUUCUACGGCUUCGGCGGAAUGGUCUUCAACUUCUUCACGGCCACGUUUGCGAUCCAGUGGGCAAUCCUGAUCCAAGGUUUCUUCCAGUUUUACCACGACGGUAAAAUUCACCUAGGGGUGAUCAACCUGGUGAACGCUGAGUUCGCCUGCGCCGUGGUGCUCAUCUCGUUUGGCGCUGUGCUUGGAAAGACCAGCCCCGUUCAGCUCCUGGUCAUGGCCCUGCUGGAGAUCUCGGUCUUUUCAGUGACAGAGUGGGCUGUGCUGAAAUACCUCAGGAUCAACGAUGCAGGAGGCACCAUCCUCAUACACCUGUUUGCUUGUUACUUUGGCCUCGGGGUGACAUUCGUGCUCUACCGCCCCAGUCUGAACAAAGGACACCCCAAGGAGAACACGAGUUACCACUCUGACAUUUUAUCUGUGAUGGGAACCCUUUUCCUUUGGGUGUUCUGGCCUUCAUUUAACUCUGCCCUGACUUUUAAAGGUGAUGACCAACACAGAGCGAUCCUCCACACGUUUAUAGGCCUGAGCUCAUCAACCAUCACGGCGUUUGCUCUCUCGGCCAUGUUCAACAAAAGGGGGAAGCUCACGAUGGCAGACAUCCAGAAUGUGACACUGGCGGGUGGCGUGACUGUAGGAGCCUCUGUGGACAUGAUGAUAUCUCCUGUAGCUGCAUAUGCCCUGGGCGUCAUGGGCUGCAUCGCCUGCUUCUUCGGUUACAAGUAUCUAACCCCUUUUUUGGCCCAACGUAUGAGGAUCCAGGACCAGUGUGGGAUUCAUAACCUCCAUGGGCUCACGGGCCUCAUAUCAUCCACAGCUGGAAUCUGCGCCAUCCUCCUGGCGUCUGAGGAGACCUACGGGCCCAGCUUGUACGAGAUCUUUUCCCACCGUGCUCCACCUGAAGGGGAUCCCAAGCUGCUGGAGCUGCAGGAGUUGAUCCCCGGUCUGAAGCCGGGCCUGGGCCGUACCGCGCAGGAACAGGCUCUCUAUCAGGUGGCGGCUGUUUUCUCCACCAUCGCAGCAUCCGCAGUCGGCGGGCUGCUCACCGGGCUGGUGAUAAAGCUGCCGUUCAUGGCGCCGCCGUCUGAUGAGGACUGCUUUGACGACAAGCUGUUCUUCAACAUGCCCUCCGACUUCGAAAGCGCCGAGCCGCUCAAAAACUGUAUCGACUUGGAGGAGAACGAAAAAACAAGUUCUGUAAACACCAAAGUCUGA